ACCGGAAAUGGUACAUGGUGUUCCGGUAUAAGAGAGUGUUGUUGUUUACAUCGGAAAUGAACGUGCCUGCUGUGAUUUUGUUCUAAUAAUUUGAAAUGUGUUUAGGAAGUAAACAGUAUGUUUGAAGAAACGUUGUGUUCAUCCAGUAGUUUAGAAAACAAUAAUGCUUGCAAAUCUGAGGAGGAAGAAAUAACAUGUAAUGAGGCAUCAGCUUAUGUAAAAGAAAAGGAAGUGACCAGUCGUCCUCUUAAACAUUUGUUAUCUUUACAAUGGGAAACAGCACCGGAAUCGAAAUAUAAGAAGCAAAUAAAAAGAGUACGAUUUGCGAAUGAUUCAGCUGAAAAUUCUAGUACUGAGACUUCUGAGGAAGUUCACGAAAAAAUUAUGUCAGAUUCUUUUGUAGAGGUGAAGGACGCUCGUGCCAGUAAUGAUUUAAAUUGUGUAAAGGAUGUUCAAGAUUCCGUUGAUGAUUAUGAUAGUACUAAAGGUACAAUGGAACUUUCUUCUGUAGGUAAUAGUAAGAACGAGGAUCCGUGUUGUUACGUUGCAAUGAAAUGUGAGAAAUUAAACAUAAAUUGCCGUAACGAUAAUUUCAUAACUGGAAAGACCGUAAAUUCCAUCGAAGAAAUUAAUGGAAAUGUUGUUGAGAGUUGUGGAUAUUUUCAUAAUCAGAGUAACAUUUUACGAAGUCAAAAAAUCAAUAAUGAAGUUAUUCCUGUGCCUAAUAAAGAUGAGUCUGAUUUUUUAACUCUUGAUGCUGUAGCUCAGGUUAAUAAGAAACAGGAUGACAUGCAGAGCAUAGCUGUUAGUGAAAGUAAUCCUGAAGAUGCUGAAGUACGAAAACUUUGUCAUAAAGUUUCAAAUGAAAAAAAUUCAAAAAAUGCUCUACAGCAAAGGUCUGACAAAACAUUUGCUGGUGGAAAGCAAUCAUUCAGACUGAACUCUUUGAUAAAUACAGAAGAUACUAAACUUUGCAGUGCCACUGAAAUAAAAUCUGCUAUUUUUAAAGCAUGGUGUAAAUUGAAAAAGGAUGCCAGUAACUCAAAAAAUGUAGGAAAUUGUUUGAAUGCAUCAGAUAAGAAUGAAGUUCUGAAUAAAUAUAAACUGCAGCAGUUGAACAAUUUCUGUAACUUCAGUGAUGCUGCUGUGAAAGAUAUAAAAAUAUCGAAAAAAGAAAAUUUAAUACUUAGUACAAAACGUGAUAUGGUUUCAUUCCCAAUAAGCCCAAAUAUUCAUAAGCAAUCUUCUAAAGUAAAUUCUCUCUUAAGAGAUGAUAAUAUAAAUGUUUACAAUGCCUUUGACUUGAAGUCUGCUGCGUUUGAUGCAUGGUGUAAAGUGAAAAAGAAUGAAUUCAGGACAAAGAGCACUGUGGAAAGUGUUGUAAAUAAACAAAAAGAGGUGAUGAAAAGAUCUAUUUCAUGUGGUACUCAUAAAUUAAAUAAAGUACAGAAAAAAAAGAAGAAACAUGAAGCUGUUUUAAAUUCAGUCACAGAACAGAACACUGCCAAAGCCGAUGAUCAGGAAAGUAAAAUGGCUUUUAGGUCAUGGAGAAAAAAGAAGGAUGAGAUAUUAAAAGAACAAGCUAUUAAAAAGAAAGAAGAUGAAAUGAAAAAACAGAUGGAUGCAUUGGUGACUGAGGAAAUCCGGAAGCAAGAUGCUCAUUCUGCAUACGCAUCAUGGUAUGUCUGCUGUAUCUAAUAUUUAUGUAUUUUUAUUGCAGCUUCUCAUAGGCUCCAGCUACCUUGAAUAUGUACUGCCAUUAACAGCGGCAAAGAAAUUCUGUCAUUUUUCAGCACCAUGAAUGGUUAAAUGGAAUGGUCAAUGGAUGACCUGAGAUAACUGCUACUUGGACCAUGCGUGAGUUACAGAGAGGGUUGACAUAUUUUGAUGCUUAAAUAAAUCAUACUGUUCAGGUCACAUAAAAGGAUUAAGCUAACGUUUUCUGGUUAAGAACUUUUGGCAUAUAACUAAUCUAAUAUAUCCCAUGAGAUGCUUUCUGUGCAUCACAGAGUCAUUUCACAGAUUAUUAGUAUAUCUCAUUUAUCAGCCGACCAAUGAUUGAAUGAAUGAGACUGCUGAACAGUGGUAGUUCAAAUUUCAGCAAUGGGCUGGCUACUGAGCGUUUUCUUAGUUUUCCUUUUGUGUAACUUUAAUAUGAAAGAGUUUCCAUUUGAAAGUUCUCCAUGAAGGCAUCUUUCCGCUUAGACGAAUAGCCUUAGUGUCCCUUUGCCAUAACAGACUGUCUAGUCCAAUCCAGUCUUUACUUUAUCAUUCAUGCGACCUGUCAGAUGAUCAGUUCUGAGAGUCCUUGCUAUUUGAGUGACAGAAGAUCUUUAAUUUAUCUUUGAACCUAAAAGUAUACAUAGCUUAACGAAGCAAUUCAAAAACAAUAUGUUUUGCCUUACUAAAUAUGAUAUAAGAUUAUAAUAAAUAAUUUCAUCUUUAUUCAUUUUAUUAACAUGUCUAAGUAAUAUAAUUUAUAUACGUCUAAAUCAUGUGAUGUAUAAUAUACUCAUAAUAUGGAAUUUUAAUAAGUUUUAACUGUGAUAUUUUUAUA